UGCUCGCUGGUGGCUCGUCUCGCUCCGGGUCUGCGUCUCCUCUGCGAAAGGGAGCCUCGUCCCUGCGAGAGUCCGCAAAACGAACGAAACAAAAAAAAUCAAAGGAGGACGCUGAUCGGAUUUUUAUUUUUUUUAAAUGGUUUUUCUUAUUUAAAAUUCAACUUCUGCAGAAUGCAGAGACCACUUUCUCUUGCAUAAAAUAAGCAAAGCAACGCACGGGCCAGAAUAAUGUAGUUAUUAUUUUUAUUUUAAUUGUCCAAGAGAAAAUCCGGCAGAAAAGAAGCUUUUUUGCAUCGUUGGGUCUUCCUUAACCCUAACCGUCACGCUAUGGAGUAUAAAGGAGGAAGACCGCAUCUGUGGUUUUGGGUGACUGUCCUCAGCUGCGUGAUUUCCAAGGUGUUGAGCACGUCUUCUGAAUGUUCCCUCAUGCUGCUCAUCGAAUCCGAGCGGGACAAAUGUUUUGAGCGCCCAGACUUUGAUAACCAAACUUUAGGCUGCGGGAGUAUGUGGGAUAACCUUACUUGCUGGCCUGCAGGAAGUCUGGGCGAAGUCAAAGUUCUGCCCUGCCCGGUCUACUUCACCCUCUUUUCAAGGACUGCAGGUAAUGUGAGCAGGAACUGUACCAGCGAAGGCUGGUCUGAAAUGUACCCUCCCUACAUCGCAGCGUGUGGGUAUGAUCCCAACACCACAAACGUGGUGGAACAGAAUACAUUCUACGGCACUGUGAAGACUGGGUACACCAUUGGGCACAGUUUGUCUCUCAUUGCUCUCACGGCAGCCAUGGUGGUUCUGUGUUUCUUCAGGAAACUCCACUGCACUCGGAAUUACAUCCACAUGCAUCUCUUCAUGUCCUUCAUCAUGAGAGCCAUCGCCGUCUUCAUCAAGGACGUCAUCCUCUUUGAGAGCGGGGAGUCCGACCACUGCUUCAUUGGCUCGGUUGGCUGCAAGGCUGCAAUGGUCUUCUUCCAGUACUGCAUCAUGGCCAAUUUCUUCUGGCUCCUAGUUGAAGGCUUGUACCUUCACACGCUUCUGGUCAUCUCCUUCUUCUCGGAGAAAAAAUAUUUCUGGUGGUACAUCAUGAUUGGCUGGGGUGCACCCAGCCUGUUUAUCUCUGCCUGGACUAUCACUCGGAUCCACUUUGAGGAUGUUAGUUGUUGGGACUUAAUCGAAUCUCCCUUUUGGUGGAUCAUCAAGGCUCCCAUUUUGGUUUCCAUAUUGAUAAAUUUCGUCCUCUUUAUUUGCAUCAUCCGGAUCCUGGUCCAGAAACUUCACUCUCCAGAUGUCGGACGAAAUGAUACAAGCCAGUAUUCGAGACUUGCAAAAUCCACCUUACUGCUGAUCCCGCUCUUCGGCAUCCACUACACCAUCUUCGCCCUCUUCCCCGACAAAUCAAAGCUGCUGGAGAUGAAGCUGGUCUUCGAACUUGUGCUGGGAUCCUUUCAGGGCUUUGUGGUGGCUGUCUUGUACUGCUUCCUCAAUGGAGAGGUCCAAGCCGAGCUGAAGCGGAAGUGGCGAAGGUGGCACAUGGAGAGGUUCCUGGGCUCUGACAUGAAAUACCACCACCCCUCCAUGGGCAGCAACGGGACCAACUUCAGCACCCAGAUCUCCAUGCUGACCAAGUGCAGCCCCAAGAACAGGCGCUGCUCCAGCUUCCAAGCCGACUUGUCUCUGGUUUGAGACCCAGACGCCAAUGACCGAGGGGCCAAAUGGGUGGGACACAAAGCAAUGGGAGAGGGAAGAUGGCACCAGCCGGGACUUUGGAUUAAGGGUGACAGGUGUGAAGUUGUGUGUGUGCAUAUUUUUUUUGAGACAGAACACUCUUCUGUCAACCAAAGCAGGACAAAACACUGGAAUAGCAGAAACCGGAUGUUAAGGAUGAGAAGAGCCCUGGUUGGGUGGUGGAUUCUCCCUUUGGUUCUUCUCAAGUCUUUAGUUAUGGGUGUCGUUGGAGCGCUUGUGAAUGCAGCGGAAUCUCAGUGCAUGGCGGAUAAGAGAGAGCCUGCCUUUGCAGCUCUCCUUUCAACCAGCAGGUGCAAAAUGAGCCAAUGGGGGAAAGGAGCAGGUGUUGUGAUCUCACCCAAGAUCUUUCAUGGGAGAGAAGGGAUCAUUCGAUCAGAGAGAUGCUCCCUGGGCUUGACGCAGCCGACUAAGCUACUUCCCCCCCCCUCUCUCUCCGGAUAAACUUCAGAAGCCAGAAGGCCAUCUCAACUCCAGAAACAACAUGGGAUCAUCCCGAAUGCUCUGUUGGUUAUACAUCUGAAGCCCCCAAACUGGGCCCCCAAAGGCACUCCUGGAAAAGGUUGUCUUCUAUUCUGUUUCGGGGGUGGGGAACCAUUGGUCCAGGAAGUGCAAUAAUUGCCAACUAUGAUGGGCAGAAACUCUUCAGGGUCUCAGCAAGAGGCUAUCUGGUCUCUGCUGCCUGGGGGGCACUUUUAACUGGAGGUACCAGGGAUUGAUUUUCUGCAUGCAGAACACGUGGGCUCCCAGUAAGCCGUGGCCCCUCCUGAAGUGACAAGCAGUGGUUUGCACGCUGCUUUUGAAUCAGCUACAUCUCGCGCACUCUCUCCCCGCUUUCAACCGGCAAGCAAUCCCUCCCAUCAAGAAGAAGAAGAGAUCUUCCAUUUCUUGGUGUUGGGAGCAUCCGCUAGAUGGAGAAAACGCGAUUCACCAGGUUCUUUGACCUGCAUUGGGGUUCCUUCCUUCCUAACUAGGCUUGCCCUUUCCAGGCUGGGUGGUGACAUCCCCAGGGGGUCUUCUGAGCCGCUCGGACAGGGAGACUCCACUGCCAGGGUAUGCUGACGCAUACCCAGAUGCUACAAGCUGGUGGAAGGACCUCUGUUUUCACGUUACCUCCAUUGAUGAUAUUGCAAACCCUGUAAGGAUGUGGAUUCUGAAAAGGACAGAAAGCGUGCAAUGGGGGAUGAGACUUGUGCACUCUUGAUAACUCAUGGACUCUCAUUUCGGGAGCCUGUUAUGCGCAUGGUUCAGAUGGAGAGGACCAACUUCUUCGAUGUUCAUCCUGCCCUUGGCUGCUUCUCCUUGAGGUGCCAGAGUUCUUAAUUCCGCUCUCUUGUAAAUAUUCCGGAACUUUCUGGGCCUGCCCUUCAGAGCGCUGCACAGGCUGUGUGUGUGCAGAAGCCCUCCCUCUUUCCACCAACAACCAUUUCUCAGGGUGACGAUCCUCACCAUCUCCUCUUGGCCAGUGCAGACACGGAGCCUGCCAUGUUCCUAACGAACUUUGACCGUGUGUUAUUUAUUUCACCAGACUUGGAACUGUAAAUAGUUUGGAUCCUUAGCCUUUCAAGGGUUCAUCUUGAAGGUGUCUCUUUUUUUCCAUUUCAAAAUGGUGGGGGUGGGGAGGGAGGAGGAAUCUCUUCAUUUGUGGCUGCCAUUGUGUUGAGGAAAUAAUAAACCAGUAAGGGGAAAAAAGUGCUGUGCUUAAACUCUACUUAUCAUAGCUGCCAAGUACCCCGUAUUCCCCGGGAAACCCCCGUUUUUCCUUACCAUUUCCCGGCGGUCUUCCGUUUGAGCUCCUCUCCCGUAAAUCUCCCUUAAAUCCGCUCCUGCCGGCAGCCAUUUUUCUGGUGCCGGUUUGCCCAUCUAUGGGCACCAGAAAAUAGCCGCUGCUGGCGCUGGAAAUAGCUUCUACGCAUGCCCGGCGGCCAUCUUAGGGGGGCCACAUGGCGGUGGCCAUCUUGGCGGUGGCCGCAUGGCCACCCCUAAGAUGGCCGCCGGACAACUUCCGGGCACCCCCAAGAUGGCCGCCAGACAACUUCCAGUGCCGCUGCUGCUGCUGAACCCGUAUUUUUCUGCAGGAGACUUGGCAGGUAUGCUACUUAUAGGAAAGUGGUAACCAGACUCUUCCCAGUAGGGCUACUGCAAAGCAUUUAUGUCCUCCUAGCAGCCUCAUAGCCAGCCUUGCUGAGGAAUUCCAAGAAACUAAAAAAUCGGUAUGACUUUGAAAGGUCGCUCCACCAUCUUGAUUCAAAAUGGCACCCAACUCACUUCCCCAUCUAUGGGAAAUGAGACGAGAGCCUUCUGUUAAUAGACCCAGAGCAGGAAUGGGGUUUUUUUUUCAGCCUGGGGGGCCAUCUUCUUUUAUGGACGUCCUUCUAGGGUGGGUAGGGCCAGAGGCAGUAGUAGGUGGAACAACUGGCAUGAUUCCUAGCGUUGUACAGUAAAAGGCAGGAGCUUUGACAUACACCUGAACCCAUCACUCUGUCCCCUACACCACCCAGGCAAGCAAGGUACCCUAUCACUGUCCAAGGACACAUUCAGGCAUGCCAAAAGCACAGGGGGAGGUAGAAGAACUGGACCAGUUUGAGGUGUGGACUGGGGAUAGGGGAGGGCCACAUUAUGCCCCUCGCCAGCCCUAAGGUUCCCCAGCCCAGCCCUGGCUCAUCCCUAGAUGCUUUGGGGGGGAGGGAAUCAACUCAUCAUUUAAGAAAAGAAAGAGAGCUUCCACGAGAUGUUUAUAGGGGACUCAGAAAUAAUCCCAUUUCAGCGGUGCAGUCCUUAGAGAGCCUGCAGCCAGGCUGUGUUAUUUUCAAAAGAAAAAUAAUAAUAACCCAUCUAUAACCCUUUGCCUGAUUAAGAAUUUAUACCAAGGGGCCCAGUUUCCAAGGCACUAAAGUCAAUAAAAUCCAAGAAAAGAAACGAGGAUCAUCUUCUGCAAAUGAACAGGUGGCAGCUGCCUCCGCCUGCUUUAGUUAAUCUCCUUUUGCUACUAACCAAUGGAGCUGAAAAUUCAUCGCUGGCCAUGAAAACAGUCUACAGCAAGGCUGUGGUAAAGUCUUUUCUUUGGAGCCCAUCGGGCCUUGGCUAAAUCACAACAGAGGGCGAUGGGCACAGCCUCUCCUACAGGACCCACACAGAGCCUGCUGGAUCAGGCCAGGGGCCCAUCUAGUCCAGCAUCCUGUUCUCACGGGGGCCCAUCGGAUGUCUGUGGGAAGCAAGAGAGCAGGAUUCGAGCACAGGAGCAGCUUUCCGGCAAUGGUACUCAGAGGCAUUGCCGGCUCUGUCCAUUCAGCAGUUAAAAAUAGAUGCCGUAAAAUGAAAUUGCAUCUCCAAAAUACAUGUCAGCUUUACGUACCUGCAGAGGCUUUCCCAAACAAGCAAACAGAUUUAGCAGCUGCCAAAAACAGCAGUGAAGGCGCCUGCCUAAAAUCAAUGGGCAGGGAGUUCCAAAGACCAGUUACUGUCAUUCCAACCUCCUGCUCAAUUCACCCAACUCCCACAUCACUUUGUGGUUCUUUAUUUUAGAAUUCCACAUGGAAAUUUGCCUGAGUUUUCCUGCCCAUUUUCCAGAAUCCAUUCAGGCAUGUUAGGUAGGUUCACCUUAAAUGCAAAGUGAACUAAUUCAUCCCCCAUCGCUGCCGAAUGGAACAGCGGUGGCUCGUCUCGUUUUGCCACCCGAGGCAAAAUGGGAAUGGCUGUCUCCUCCCUCCCCUCCCCUCCCCAUACCCCAACCCACCCACUACCACUUCCACAGCUGGAACACCCCGGCUCUCGCUGAAAUGGGCAGGACCUGGGGCAUUCUGCAAAGUUUUGCUGCUUGGCUUCACCGCCCAGGGGUAAGGAAGAUAAUGGUCAAAGCCAUGCCCCCGGCCCACCUUCCUCUCAGCAGCAAGAGGGGGUUCUGCUGGCAUUGGGGCUGGUUCUGACAGGUAAACCUAGGGGAGUGCUAAUGUCCUGCAAACAGCCUGCUCGAUGCCUCCUGCUAUAAUAAAAUUAUUAUUAUUGUUAUUAUUAUUUUUAUUUUAUUUUACCUUGUACAUCUGGCUGGGUUUCCCCAGCCACAUUAAAAGCUUCCCUAAACAGGGCUGCCUUCAGAUGUCUUCUAAAAGU